GGAGAAGACAAUGAAGUUUGGUCCGAAUACGACACCGAUUUACAUUCCUCUCGACCUCCAGAUCAACAUACUCUUAAGAUUGCAUGUGAAGUCUUUAUUGAGAUUUCAAUGUGUCUCCAAGCUUUGGUAUUCUAUUAUCACCAGCCACGAUUUUGGAAACCGUCACUUUGAUAUUACAUCUUCCUCAGCUGCUCCUCGUCUUCUCAUUGCUUUUCAGGACUUUGACAGAAACGAGCUUAUGCUAGUCUCGUCACCUAACCCAAACACAUCUUCCUCUUCCCCUUCUUCAUGUUGUGUACCUUACAAAGAUCUGAGGCUACUCAACAUUAAUGGACGAAAGGUGUAUAACGCAGUUCGGGGAUUGAUUUGCUUUGAAAGUAGAUUAAAGGUUGGGAUUUGUAACCCCAGCACGAGGGAGCUGCAUAUUUUUCCCCGAGUCAAACUGAAAAGAGAUCCAGACACUUUUCCAUGCAUCAUGUACUUUCUUGGGUACGAUCCUAUUGGAGAUAAAUAUAAAGUGCUGGCCAUUGAUAAUUUGCCUUGGAGAUUGGAGUACAAGAUUGUGGUAUUGGGAGAAGAAGAAGCUUGGAGAGAGGCUCCAUGUGUUGCAUGCCCUCAUCUUGCUAAUACCUUGGGGGUUCAUAUGAAUGGAAGCUUGUAUUACGGGGCCUCGAGGAAGGACAAGGGUUCCCCCAAUAAUUCUAUAAUUGUGAGUUUCGAUGUUAGGUCUGAAACGUACAAAAUCUCCAAUGUACCAAGCAAACUUCUACAAAUCGACGAUUCUGAUAAUUUUUGGACUGCUAAUUGCAAUUGGUUUAUUGGGGAUAAAACUCUGAUCAACUACAGCGGUAAGAUUGGUGUGGUUGAGAAACCUCGACAUGGUAUAUUUCGAAUGUGGGUUGUAGAAGAUGCUGAGAAAGAGGAAUGGUCUAUGAACACUUUUUAUUUGCCACAAUCUGCUGCUGGCCUUGACUUCAAAGUCAUGGAUACCUUUUAUACCGGCGAGAUUUGUCUGGUUACAGAAAAAAUAUCUGAUCCGUUUUGUCUCUUCUAUUACAAUUUGAAGACGAAUAGCAUGAGAAGUGUCGCAAUUAAAGGACUACCUAUUUCCGAGUUUAAGCAAGGGUUGCAAUUCCACAGCCUUUCUGUGACUGUUUCAGAUCAUUAUGAGAGCUUGGUGUCCUUAGAAACUUGAAUCGAGUUUUAGGGUUUUUCUUUAUAUUUAUUUUGGGAAGCACCAUGAUUCAAAGAUUUCAGCUUAAAAUCAUGGUUUUGACUUUUGAAUAUAUUCAAGGUAGUUACAAGAUGUGGCAUGGAUGGUCGAUUUGUGGGGGAAGUCCAUUUCAGCUUAAAAUCAUGGUUUGAGUAAAGAUUUUGUAUCCUAUAUUUCUAUGUACUUUAAGAGAAUUUUUAGCUGAAACAAGAACAUAGUGUAGAUUUGUGAGUAAAAGCCACUUCUUGAAGAAGAGGUUUUAAAUUCAGACAUGAAUGUACAAUAGAUAUAAGAGUUUUUGGGAACCAAAAGCCAAAUGCAGAUA